AUGGAAGAAGCGGCGGAAUUCGUGGGUCCUGCGGAGGUUACCCUGCCCACGGAACCGGGCGCGUCGCCGUCUCCGCUGCCGCCUGUAGAGGGAUCCUAUCUGCUCAAGACGAUUGCCGGGUACGAGAGGGGCUCGAUGCUGACCUUGAACAGAGGGCAAGCGUACCUCGAGUCGUCCCGACGGAGAUUGGCGGGAGGGGAGACGUGCGCGGAGAGGAUGCAGACUAUGGUCAAAGCUCUAGAUGCGGCUGUGUCCAACUCCCUGGACCACUGGGAUCCUCUGCAGCGAGCGUACAGCGGCCUUAAGGAGAAGCUUGGAGAGCAGGCGCUGAGGCACGAGAAGAUGCUCGAGACGUUUGACCAAGACGUUGCCACGCUCGGGACAAUACCCUUGCACCCGGCUCUCGCCGCCGCCUCAGCAACAACAACAACCACCGGCGGCGGCGGUGGCCGGCAGAGCCGGGCCCCUUCACUAUCCUCCUCGACCGCUUCAUCCUCUUCGCGGCUGGGCAGCGGCCGCAUCGAUUAUUCCAUCUCAGAAGAGCCUCCUUUAGACCCCACGGCAGGGGGUGGUUUGAUGCGCGGGGGGAGAUUACCGUCAGUACAGCAAGGGGAGGAGGAGGAGGAGGAGGUUAGCGGGGGUGGGAGCGGCGGCAAGACGUUGCUGGACUGCAUCCCGGUGGAGAGGGAGCAGAGGCUGCUGGAGUCGUGCCGCACCAGCCAGAGGAGGUUUCAGCAGGAGGCGGAGAACGUGGCGCAGAAGUACGCCGCCAUUGAGAAUGGAAUACUGGAGCAGCGAGGGGACCCCGUGACAGCAAAUGACGCCGUGCAGGAGCUCUUGGAGCGUGCCAGGCGGCUGUGCAGAGAUCAGGAGAGCAAGAGGGCUGAGCUUGAGGCGAACUACCUCGAGUCCUUCAACCUUGCCAAGGAGAAUGGGACAGACGACGCCGAAAAGCAGAACGCGAUCAAUCGCUUGACGAAGCUUAUCCUAGAGUCGGAGAAGCUCGUACCCAUGAUGAAGGACAACGAUCAACAGACCAUGGCCAUUGUUAUGGAGAUCGCGAGAGCCAAGGCGUCGCUGUUGACCAACCUCCGGCGGCGCCUACGCGAGGUUUCCAGGCUGCAGACCGACAUCGGGAAGAUCCGGAAACACCAGGAACUCGUGGGAAUGGCUUGGGGGCAGAAGGAAGAGCAGUUCGAGCACCUCGGGAAGGUGGCGAGGAUGCCUGCUGCCUACAACGCCUUCCUUCGUGAGGUCUUACGGCAACGUCGGUUCCAUCAGGAUUUCGAGGCGACAGUGUCGGACUUCUGCACCUCUGUGGCCGCUCUGCGAUCGUCUGAAAUGGUGUCGAGGCAGGAGUUCAUCCAAGCACACCUUGGGAACCUCCCGCCCGCGUUCCUAGAGAUGGCACCGGGCCUCCGCAACAUGCCGCCGACCUUCAACCCCGGCCCGAUCACGCCGCUGAGACCGGGAGAGCUCCCCGAAGUUUACCCCGACCCUGCUGCCGCCGGGGAAGACGAGGACGGUGGCGGCGAGUCGGCGAUCAAGGAGGCGGGCGUAGCCGGUAGUGGUGCACGUAGCGUCACGCCCGAAGCGGCGGCAGCGGUAGUAGUGGCGGACACAUGUGCAGCAUCCGCGGUAGUGGCUACGGGGUCGGCUGCGAUUUCCACGCAGACAACAGCGGCUGCGGUGGACGGGGCGGCCGUCUCCACGCAGACAGCGGCGGCGGCGGCGGUAGGUGGGGCGGCCGUCUCCACGCAGACAGCGGCGGCAGCGGUGGACGGGGCCGUCGUCUCCACGCAGACAGUGGCGGCGGCGGUGGACGGGGCCGCCGUCUCCACGCAGACAGCGGCGGCAGCGGUGGACGGGGCCGCCGUCUCCACGCAGACAUCGGCGGCGGCAGUGGGCGGCGCGGCUGUCUCGACGCAGACGGCAGCGGCGAGCGGGGCGGCAGUCGGGACACAGACUGAGCGAGACGGGCUCCGACCUAGAAACGAGGGCGAGAGCGUGGUGGGUGAUGGUGGCAGGGGGGGCAUCGAUGAUGACGUUAGUAGAGGCACAGCAGACGUUGCGGCCGCAGAAAGCGUUGAGGCCCGCGGCGAGGGCAAUGCACCGGUUAAACGCGUGGAGGAGCGAACAGCCGGCCCGGAGGUCGCCGUCGACAGGUCGAUUUCCGCCCUGGAGGCAGAGAACGCUCGUCUCUCCGAAGAGCUCGCCAAGGCUCGAUCGCGGCUCGAGGAGCUCGGUACCGCCGCUGCGGGAGAACCGGCGGGAGCACCGGCGCUAGAGUCAACUCCAUCGGCGGCAGAGCUGGCGGCGAUAGAGCCGGACCAACGUCCAGGAACGACUGCUGCUGCUGCUGCUGCUGCAGAUGGUGGUGGUGGUGGUGGUGGUGGUGGUGGUGGUGGUGGUGUUGCUGUUGUCCCCGGUGCGGUGGAAGGAGAGGACCCAGCCCCGAUGCCGAGAGGUGUGGGCGGCGAAUUCGCACGGCCCCGACGCAGCUACAGCGACGUCGUGGUGAGCGGAACUGGCCGCAGGGAAUCGGCACCUGCUGCCACCGCCGCCGCCGCAGCAGCCGCAGCAGGAGGAGGCGAGGUGCGCGGUACAGGCGGCCGGCGCGGGUCAUCGAAGGAAACCAAGAACCAGUUAGCCGCGUACCGGGCCGGCCUGACAAUGCUGGUCAAGUUGACCGACCAGCACAAACUUGCUGACCAGCAGCGUGGCGGCGCUGCGGUGGGUGUGGCGGCGGCGGCGGCGGCGGAAGUGGCAUCGGCGGUACAGCCGGCGAUGAUCGAGGACCCGGCAGGAGGUACGAGGGCGACGGCAACUGCAAGAACGGUUGCUGCCGAGGACCCGGCCUCGCCGUCUUCCGACUACCAUCCGUCGCCCGGUAGUGACCGCCCGUCACCCACGACUGCUGUGGACGGGCAGGCCACCGCCGGCGGCGGCGGUGAUGUUGGUGGUGCGGCAUCGCCGGACGCGAAAGAAGCGUCGGAGAGAGAGUCAACAACGGUCCCCGAGCGAGCUCAAGAAACACACCCAGCACCGGCAAUAACAGCCGUAAAGGUAGACAAGGACCACGCCACAGCGAAGCCAGCGGCGGCAGAGGCCACGGCACCAGGAGAGGACAGGCAGGGGGGAGCGAGGCCGGCGGGAGAAGAUUCAUCUUCAUCUCCCGACCACAAGGAAGCGGUGUCUCCCGAAAGGGAGGCGACGACCGCGGUAAGUACGGCGACCGGGGGCACCGCGGUGGAAACGGCGGGGGGGGGGCUGGUUGCAAGGCCAUCGGCGUCUCUCGGAGGCGUCGAGCGGAUAAGGCGCGCGGCGGACUACGUGGCAACUCAUCUUCAGUACAACCAUGCUCUAGCUGCCGUACCGCGAAUCUCGAUGUGCUCUUUCAGCGUACAGGGGGGAUCUCCCGAAGGGUCGUCGGGGGGGCCCGUGGUUCUGGGGUUCCACGUUAACUGGCCGAACCGGUACUUGUCCGAGGAUAGCAUCAACAAUGCCCGCGAGGCGUUGGGUGCUUCUCCGGCGUACAUAUUGGGCCGCAUCAUCCUGGUCGAGCAGCACGUGGCCUCUGAGGAGCCCAACCCGUACAACGUUGCUCCGAAUACGGUGUACUACGUCCUCACCGCAGAAAACGUCGGCUAGAAAGAUGAGGCCAAGGUCUUGUCACGGCCAGCAAGGGGCACGAAGAAAGGGGGACAUUCAGAUUGUAAUAUCUAGUGGGGUCGGGGGGUCGGGUUUUUGUUCAAGGAGGGGAAAGAUUGAUUGCUAUUGUAGUUUCCACCGCCGGCUCGCCCUUGUGCCGGGCACGAUUAACGGCCCAUCCACGGCGCACAUGAGCGCAGCCCCGGCAUCGAGAGCCCCAGGAGGGGGCGUUAUUCUGCAUGGGGUCGAUAUCCAUCCCCAUCCCCACCCCCAGU